UAUAAGUUAGCCGAUCGAUCGAAGAUGUGGAUUCAUCGAACGAUAGAUAUAUAUAGAUAGAGCGCGUCUUGCACACGCAUGCAUAUCCAUCGAUCGAUCAUAUGCGCUUUUUAGUCGUCACUUGUCCAACUAGCUAGCUCUACUUCCAUAUAUCGAUCGAUCGUUCGUCCAAUGGCGGCGGCGGCGGCCUGCACGAAGCUGCCGUUGCUGCUCCUGCUCGUCGCCGUCGCAGCGUCGUCGGCGUCGUCACUAACGCCGCUGCACGCGGCCGUGCCGGCGAAGGGACCUCGCCCCGGCGGCAGCGUUACCUUACACCUCGACCACCGCCAGGUGAUGGUGGACAAUGGCAUCGUGCAGGUGACGCUGUCAAACCCUGGGGGCCACAUCACCGGCGUCAGAUACAACGGCGAACGCAACCUGCUCCACUACGACGGAGAAGCCAACUCCGCCGGGUACUGGGAUGUGGUAUGGAACUUCCCUGGGUCCAAUAGUCCAAGAGGCAUGAUCGAUAUGCUGGAUAGUACUGAAUUCAAGGUAGUAUCCUCAAGUGAAGACCAAGUGGAGCUUUCCUUCAGGAGCACCUAUAAUCCAUCACGUCCAAAUAGUGUCAGUCUAAACAUCGACAAAAGGCUUGUGAUGUUGAAAGGUAGCUCAGGGUUCUACUGCUAUGCCAUCUUUGAGCAUGUCAGAGACUGGCCUGCUCUCAACAUUUCAGAGGCUCGCCUCGCCUUCAAACUGAACACGGACAAGUUCAACUACAUGGCGAUCUCAGACGAUAUACAGAGGUUCAUGCCGAGCGCGACAGACAGAGAUGCACCUCGCGGUGCUCCAUUGGCAUACAAGGAGGCUGUCCUGCUCGUUGAUCCCAAGGAGCCACAGUUCAGAGGAGAGGUGGAUGACAAGUACGAGUACUCGCUGGACAACAAGGACAACAGAGUUCAUGGAUGGAUUAGCAGCAAUCACCCUAACCCCAUGGGAUUCUGGGUCAUCACCCCCAGCAACGAGUUCAAGAGCGGCGGCCCUCUCAAGCGCGAGCUCACCUCCCAUGUCGGCCCGACCUCUCUGACAAUGUUUCUUGGCACGCAUUACGUCGGGAACGACAUUGUUCUGAAGAUCGAGGAGGGGGAGUACUGGAAGAAGGUGAUGGGGCCAGUGUUCAUCUACCUCAACUCCAACCCGAGGAGAGGAGAUUUGCAUUCGCUCUGGGUGGAUGCCAAGGUGCAGGCAGAAGUUGAAGCUAGGAAAUGGCCAUAUAGCUUCCCUGAAUCCCCUGACUUCCACAAGGCAGGACAGAGAGGAUCAGUCACUGGGAGGCUAUUUGUCAAAGACAGGUAUGUCAGCAGCAAAGAUAUAGCUGCUGGGAUGGCAUAUGUUGGCCUGGCCUCUCCUGGACAACCCGGUUCUUGGGCCACAGAGAGCAAUAACUACCAAUUCUGGACAAGAGCAACACCCUGUGGGAGCUUCAGCAUUGGCAAUGUGAGAGCAGGAGUGUACAACCUCUACGCAUGGGUUCCUGGGUUUCUUGGGGACUACAUGUACACCUCGCAAGUAACAGUAACACCAGGACGUAGCAUCAACCUCGGUGAUCUUGUGUUCGAGCCUCCAAGAUCAGGCCCAACACUGUGGGAGAUGGGUGUUCCUGACAGGAGUGCAGCAGAGUUCUUCAUCCCUGAUCCCAACCCCAAAUACCUCAACAAGAUCUUCAUCACCAAAGACAAGUACAGGCAGUACGGGUUGUGGGAGAGGUACGCCGAACUGUACCCUGACGGCGAUCUCGUCUUCACGAUCGGCGAGAACGACAUCUCCAAGGACUGGUUCUUCGCACACAUCACAAGAAAGCAAGGAGACGGGUACGCACCGACGACGCGGCAGAUCCGGUUCAGGCUGGAGCACGUCGUGGCGGACGCCACCUACACGCUCCGCGUCGAGCUGGCGGCGGCGCAGAUGUCGAGGGUGCAGGUGGUGGUGAACGGCUCGGCGGACGAGGCGUUGACGACGGCGGCGGCGUUCGGCGACGGGAACGCGAUCGCGCGGCACGGAGUACAUGGUGUUCAAUGGAGCUUGGAUUUCGCGAUGAAGGGGUACAUGUUGCAGGAAGGCGACAACGUGGUGUUGAUGACGCAGACGAGGGCGUUGAGCCCCUUCUUUGGUGUCAUGUAUGAUUACAUCCGGCUAGAGGGUCCUCCUUCCCCUUCGUGGCGAGAUCCGACGACACAAGUUUGAAUCCAUAGGUUUUAGGGAAACUACUGCAAUUGCAUGGUAGAACUAGAGAGAGACCGUUGAUAUAUAGAACAUUGUAGAGCUACAGAUAGGUAGGUGUAGGUAGCAGUAAAGUAAAGUUCAAGAUCAGUGCAAGUGCAAGAUUAGAGAAUCAAUAAAUCUUCCCAAAGUGCAAGAAUUAUUAA